AUGAUUAGUAAAUUUGAAAAGAAACAAGUUGAAAGAGAUGUAGUUUUCAAGGAAAAACAAGAGUGUUUACGUGCAAUGUCUCAAUGCAUUGGUAACAUGGAUGAUACCAGUAAUCCAGUUAUAGAAACCAUUCGAGCAACAAUAAAAAAAUUGAAUGAUCUGUUCCUUAAAGAAUGUUUAAAGACACAAAAUCAGUAUCUUGACGAGAUUUCUUCUAUGACCGAUAUCAGUGUUGGUACCCUUAAAAGAAUUAAAACAGAGGGUCAAACAAAUGAAGGCACGUGGAACACACCAGGCAAAAAGAGGCCACAUAAGCCAACAGGUCCAUCCACAAGUGGUGCUGUCACUAAUAUCUCUUCGGGUAAGAGAUAUAUUAUUGUUCAUGCUGGCUCAGAAAAAGGUUUCGUGCCAAAUGCUCUUUUGGUGUUCAGCACAAAAUCUAAAAAUGCAGAUUAUCAUCACGAUAUGAACUCUCAAAAUUUUAAUAAAUGGAUAUCUGAGAAACUAAUCCCUAAUUUAAGUGAGCCCAGUGUUAUUGUUAUGGAUAAUGCUAGUUAUCACUGUGUCCAAAUCAAUAAGGGCCCAACAACAAAUACUAGAAAAUUUGAAAUCCAAGCAUGGCUCUCUUCAAAUGGUAUUUCAUAUGAAGAUUAUCUAUCAAGAGAAGAACUAUUAGUUUUAGCAAAAGAGAAUAAACAAGCACCGGUCUACCAAGUUGAUGAACUUUUGAAGCAGCAUGGGCAUGAAGUGCUAAGACUACCGCUCUACCAUUGCGAUCUAAACGCUAUAGAAUUAGUAUGGAGUUUGGCGAAACGCAAAGUUGCCAGUAAAAACAUUGGUUUGUCUGCGGAGGAUAUGGCAAAAUUAAUAGAAGAAUCUUUUAAUAGUAUAACACCAGAGGACUGGAAAAAAAAUACAGACCAUGUUAUUCAUGUUGAAGAGCAGUACAAAAAACGAGAUGGAAUAACUGCAGAAAUGGAAGAGUUCAUAAUAAGAGUCAGAGAUAAUGAUAGUGAUAGUAAUUCUGACUCUUCAUUCGCAGUUGAAUUUUUAGAUUCAGAUUUUGAUUACAGUGAUUAA